GAAAUAGGAGAAGGAAGAAAGGGCACCAACCAGAGGAGGUGAUGGCACAGGUGGCAUGUAAUGAUCUUAGGGGAAUUUACAAGAAGUUCAAGCCACACCUCCUCAUGGUUUUAGCUCAGAUGGGCUAUACAUUUCUGUAUUUUAUCACAGAAGCUUCCUUCAAUCAUGGGAUGAACCCUCAUGUCUACAUAACUUAUCGACAUAUUGUGGGCGGUGUAGUGAUGUUCCCUUUUGCCUAUGUUCUUGAAAGAAAAGACAGACCAAAGCUCACAUUAGCUCUUUUCUUGGAACUUUUUGUUCUUUCGCUUCUGGGGGUGGGUUUGACUUUAAACAUGUACUUUGCAAGCUUAAGAUAUACCUCUCCUACAUUCCUUGCAUCAAUAAUCAACACCAUAGCUUCCGUAACUUUUGUAAUUGCGAUUGUACUCAGGUUGGAGGUUCUUAAUCUUCGAAAUCCUCGUGGGUUAGCGAAAGUUUUGGGAACCCUCGUCUCCUUAGCUGGUGUAAUGACCAUGACAUUGUACAAGGGGCCUAUUGUGAGAAAUUUAUGGCAUCCAUUAAUCCAUGUCGAAGGAAAAUUCUCCAUCCAUGAGAACUGGUUGAAGGGUUCAAUUCUUACUGUUGCAAGCUGCAUAUCAUGGUCUAUCUGGUACAUUAUGCAGGCAAUUACAUUGAAAAGAUAUCCUGCACAACUGUCACUGACUACAUGGAUGAGCUUUAUAGGGGCAGCACAAUCAGCUGUCUUCACAGUGUGUAUAGAACAUAGACGAGCUGCUUGGACAAUUGGAUUCAACAUCGACCUCUGGUCCAUAUUAUAUGCUGGAGUAGUGUGCUCUGGUCUUAUAAUCUUCAUUCAACUAUGGUGCACAGAAGAGAAGGGGCCAGUUUUCGUGACCAUGUUUAAUCCCGUUUCAACAAUAUUGGUGGCUGUUCUAGCAUACUUCGUCCUCGGUGAAAGACUUUAUACCGGCAGCAUACUAGGGGCAUUUAUUGUCAUCCUUGGCCUGUACUUGCUGUUGUGGGGAAAAGAAGGAGAUGAAGUAUACAUCAAGUCAGAAGAGUCCUCUUAUCAAACAACAUAUGAAGAGCACAAGGAUAAUAACAUACAGAAAAUCACUUCAGCUAAGAAGGAUGUGCUACAUGGUGAACCCUAAAGGUUAGAUUGGAUCAUUCCCUAGAAUCCAUUGAGAGAGGGAAUCGAAAACCAAUAAAACUGUGAACAAGAAGAAGAUGAUGAAAGUAACAAGAAAAGUUGUGCGAGCAAACAAGGGAGGAAGAGAAAGGAAGUCCGCUUUAAACUUGCUCAUACACAAGCUGCAGGAACCCAUGGCUCGCUCGAAAAAGUGUCCAUUGAUUAAUGCAUCAUUUUUCCUAUAGAAGUCUACUUUAAACUUCCUUAUGUUUGAGCAGGACACUUUCUGUGUCAUUUGUAAUAUUUUGUUAGCUCUUUUAUUUAUGGAAUGCGAUCUUGGCAUAGGGUCUGCAGCAGCAA